AUGCGCAUUGUCCAUAAGAAGAAGGGUAAGAAGGGCCUAUUUGCGAUCAAGAUUGACUUGUCCAAAUCUUACGACAAAGUCAGCUGGGAGUGCAUUUGGCAAGUCCUUAAGGAAGCUAAUAUGCCUGAUGAGUUACUCAAGCUUAUUAUGCAUACGGUUACGAGUACGGAAUUAAAUGUGAAUUCUCAUAUUAUUGAGCAUGAGGUCACCAAGAGGAGUUGUAAAGCCAUAAAUAUGGGAGUGAACGGUCCCAAAAUCUCUCACUUAAUGUUCGCCGAUGACUUACUUUUGUUUGGGGAAGCUACGGAAGAUCAAAUGAAUUGUGUGAUGACUUCCCUCUAG